CGUCCCUGGGCAAUAAUCGCUGUUGGGUCUCUCUCCCCGCUCCGAAACAGCUUACACCUUGCUCACCUGUCGCUGCUUGUGGCCGGCAGCAGAGACGUUCCAGAGAGGUUCCCGGCGACGAUCCUUUUGCUUAGACUCCUUUCAAGAGUGCAAAAUGGUUUCGGUUGCCCAGCUGGUGGUGGUGCUCGAGAACUCGGGGAUUAUGAGCUUCCACUUCCGGGAGUUGUGUAGCUUAUAUAUAGAGCCGCUCUUGCUCCGUUUCCAGGAAAGUGCUGAAGAUCGCAAUGCAGCCAACCCUUUGGGCCCAAGGUCGGCUGUCCAGUUCGGAUUGGUCGUCUACGCCGACUCACCAACAGCGUCACCCAUACCAACUCAGAAGAUGUGCAUCUCGAAUGACCCCCGCGCUAUAAUCCGGGCUAUAUAUAACGUGCGAUAUUCUCACGGCGGCUUGUCAGGGAAUGCGCUUACGGACGGGCUAGUGGGGGCGCUGGAGAUGUUUUACGACAUGACUCCGGAAUAUCGGGGUCAGGCAGCCACAUUUCAACGACAUUGUCUCCUCGUGGCGUCUACGCCCGCGAACGAUAGACAAUCAUCGAUGCCUGUGGAGCCGAAAUACGAUGAUUUCCAUCUGAAUCAAGUCAUAGAAGUGCUGAGAUCGGAAAAUGUUCGGUUUUCGUUGAUAACGGGCCGGAAAGGCGUGCUUGAGACUCUACCCCCUAAGAUCAACGUCGACUCUGCGACCCCCGUGUCCGAAUUCAGCUACCCCAAGUACCAAAGGCAGCAUACGGUUCUUCUGGCGGGGCUUCACAUAAACGCUCCGAACGCUGCCGCCGAGCAAGCUCGCAAGCGCAUAGCAUCCAUGGAAUGGCAGCAAGGGCCAAGCUCCGCUUCCGGUAACGACAGCGACGCGAUUGCGUUAGAUAGCCCUUUGAAGCGACCGAAAAUGGAGACAUUUCCGGAUCCGUCCAAGUUGGCAUUAGCCACAAGCGAUCUUAAUGCGAGACCUGUCACGUCGACUAGUGACAUCGUUGCGGCUCAAAGCGAGGACAAUACAAACAUUCCGAAUACAACGGCGGAGGUGAAGGACACGGCACCUUCCCACAAUGCUGCACCUUCAUCUUCGGUCACCGCCAAUGCUGGCAAAAGCUCAGAAGCAACGGGUGUACAGCCUAGCUCCAUGAGGCCGGAGGCGAGAGUUUCGGAAUUGUCGACGCUACAAGCCACUGCUGAGAAGGUUGAUGGCUCAGAACCCACGAUUGUUCAGGAUGUAUCUCCUGUCGCAGCUGUUGUGGCCUCUUCAGGAUCGACUCCUCCAGCUAGUAGCGGCGCUGUCGGACCUAUGACACGAGACCUGCCCAUCGCAUCAACAGCGCCAAUCACUACCUCUACUCAAGGGAUGCCGAUAUCGUCAGCACCGAAUACGACGCUACCUCAGCAGUUGCCCAGAUCGGCCGCAACAUCAGUGCCUACCGUCGCGGGUGCCGUUUCCGCCGCACCACCUGGCAUAGAAGUAGCACCUGCAAGCGGCGCGGCAAUCCCAGUCCCCCCACAGAACCCGCCGAACCCAACUGCGGUCAUUAUAGCAAACUUACAACGCGCAGUCGGCCAACAUCCCGCCUUACGUGCUCUCCCAUUGCAUCAGCAGAGAGCAUGGAUACAAGGGCAACUGAUCCGACAUCAGCAGGCUCAACAACAACAAUUACUGCAGCAGCAACAACAGCAGGCAGCACAGCAGCAGCAGCCACAAAUACAGACACAGACGCAAACCCCGCAAUCAGUAGCGCAGCAGCAACAGCAGCAGCAGUGCGCCAAUUCGCAACCAACGAACGACAGCACGAAUGGCCCACUGACCAUCAACAGUGCGAUAGGCUUGCAGCAGGCGGCUGCGAGUCCCCAGCCAAGUCUUCAACAGCAGCGCGGCGUGGCAAUGACUUUACAACAACAACAACUGGCGCAGCUACGCCGGGCGCAGCAGCAACAACUGGCUCAGCAGGUCGCCAGUCAAGCCGCCGCUCAGCAGAUUAUUGGAUCGCAACCGCCGCAGGCUGUAAUCACGCAGCAGGCGACUGCCCAACCGAACGGGCCCAAUGCCGAUCUGGUCCUUCGGCAACAGCAAUUGCUAGCCCAGCGACAGCAACAACAACAGCAGCAGCAGGCACAGGGUCAGCAGCUACAGCAACAACGACCGGUUGGCACUCCCCUUCAACGCCCUCCCACAGGGCAACUUCUCGCACAACAGCAGCAGAUACAGCAGAUUGGCGGGCAGCAGCGACCAGCAGGUGUGUUGACACCUCAGCAGCAGCAAUUGCAGAUUGUGCAGCAACGACAACUCGCCGCAGCGCAAUUCGCACAAAGGCAGCAGCAACAAGCCGCCGCGCAAAUCGGCCGCCCAGGUGGGCCUGCACAACCCGCUCUAUCACAGGGUCAAGCCCAGCAAGUACAACCGCAGCCAGGGAACGUUGUACAGCAUCAGCCCUCAGUACGUCCGAUGAACCUCUCGCAGCUCACGCCAAUCCAACAGCAGCAGGUGCAGCGCCUUCUCAAUAUGCAAAGUACUGGGCAGCUAUCGGCGCAGCAAGUGCAACAAUGGAUGCAGAUGAACCUCAUGCAAGGGCAAGUGCAGCAGCAAAGGCCACCGCAGAACCCGGCCAACCAGGCCUUUUUGAUGGCGCAACAACCACAACAUGCAGGCGUGCGUCCGGCCACCGCUAUUCAGCAUCGCCCGCAAGCGGUGCCACCCACGACUACGCGGUUUGGAGUGCAGGCGCUACAUCAGCUGCAGCAGCAGAAUCAGGAGCACAUUGCGCGCAAUCAGGCUGCUUUGGGGCCCUCGCAGCAAUCGCGAAACUCCCCAUCGGUGAACACCUCUGCUAUUCCUGGGAGUCAAGUGGGGCAGAUGCAGGGUAUGGGUGGGCAAUCGGCGGACCUGAAUGCGCAGAAUCAAGCUGCUGUCCGCCAACAGAUGUUGCAGGCGCAACAGACGGCUGCCAUGGCAGCUGCUGCAGCAGGUGCUGCGCCCGGUCAAGGGCAAAUCCAACAACAGCAACAACAGCAGCAGCAACGAUUUGCUCAAGCGAACAUGCAGACGAUGGACGGCAGGAACCCGCAAAUGAUGAAUCAGGGCAUCCAGCAACAAGGUCCGACUUCGUGGACUGGAAAUGUGACCCUCAAUGUUCCGCAACAAAGGUUGAGCUGCGUUGUCAACAUUGGGCAAGCUAAGAUUGCGAAUGCACCUACUUUGCCGGAAGACACGCGAUUCGACUUGUGGCCGCAGGAACUCGUGAUCCAGCAUGUCUUUGACUGCCCGCAAGCGCUCGUCCCGAACCUACUCAAAGACCACAUGCUACCCGUUGUAGCACUGAAACUCCUGCCGAGUGGGACGAUGCAAGAUCAACAAACCCAACGUCGGAUCUACGAUGCCACUGCAACCUUCUUGCGUGCUCGUGAUGCUUGCGGGAUCGUGCGGUUCGGCGGGCCGCAGGACCAGAAAGGGAUAUUGCUCUUUACGCGGGACGCGACGCAGAAUCCGAACAUGGCUGGCGGACAGACGACGACCCAUUUGUAUGGCCUGAUUUUCGUGAAAGUUCCGUUGAGCUCGCUGAUCGAGUAUAUGAAGAAGAUGAGUGUGCCGCAAGCUCCCGAUGGUGGCCAGCAGCAGCAACAGCAGCUUUCUCAGCAAUCGCAGCAGCCGCCACCAUCGCAACAACAACAGCAGCAAAUUAAUAGCCAGAUGGCGUUGCAAGCGAUGGCUGGACAACAGCCACAGCAACAAGGGAACCAUUUGCAAGCUCAACAACAGGCGGCCAUGGCUCAGAGAAUGCAACAGAUGCAGCAACAGAAGAAUCAGCAGCAACAGGCACAACCGCAGCAAGCGCAAGCGCAACCUCAGCAACAACAGAUGCUCAUGCAUCAGGCGCAAGCCCAACAGCGGCUUGCCCAACAACACGCCCAAACCUCUGCACAACAACUCGCACAAUUCCAACAACUACCUCCGCACCAGCAGCAGCAGAUAAUGCAGCAGCAGCAGCAGCAGCAGCAGCGCGCAGCCAUGGCCGCGGCAGCCGCAAACCAAGCCGGUGGCGGUGGACCCAACGUCCUAAGCGGCCCCGUUCGUCCCGGCGUCGCCAAUCCGAACGGCACUCCCCAACAACAACAAAUCCUUCUACAGCAACAGCAACAGCACCAAGCCAACGCCGUCGGCAACAAUAACAACCCCGAGAACAUCACGCAGAAGAUCACGGCGAUGCCCGUCGGUCAGUUUAUGCAGAUCCUGAAGAGCAUGGCGGUACCGCAACUCCAGAACCUGGGUCGGAUGGCGGGGCUACCGGAAACCCAUCGCGCCGCGAUUAUGGCGGUUAUGGCCGGUCGGAUGGGGCAGCAGCAACAACAGCAACAGCAGCAGCAGCCUUGAAGGAUUUACCUCAGCUGUGUGAGGGAGAUGCGGAAGGGAAGAGGCAUUUUGUGGAUAGCUCUAUUUAUUUUUGUUUUUCGUCAUUUCUGGAGUGUUUGUUUUGAUACCCUGGCAAAGAUGCCAGCACAUGAUGCGAUGUG